AUGUCGUGGGCGGGGUUCAAGAAGAAUGUAAACCGCGCGACGACGCAGGUGAUGAUGAAGACAGGUCAUGUUGAAAAGACAAACGAUCGCGAUUACGAGGUGGAAGAGAGACGCUUCAAGACCAUGGAAGCCGCCUCGCUACGAUUACAGAAAGAGUCCAAAGGCUACUUAGACUCCCUCAGAGCCAUGACGGCGUCGCAAAUGCGAAUCGCCGAGACGAUUGACGCCUUCUACGGCGAUUCCGGCGCGAGCGACGGGGUUAGCCGCAGUUACAAGCAAGCCGUCGAGGACCUCGACGCGGAAACCAUCAAAGCCCUCGACGGACCGUACCAGACGACGGUGCUGGAGCCCAUCUCGCGGUUCUGCGCCUACUUCCCCGACGUCAACGAGUGCAUCAAGAAGCGCGCGCACAAGCUGCUCGACUACGACGCGCUGCGGGCCAAGGUCAAGCGCCUGGUCGACAAGCCCGACAAGGACGCUACCAAGCUGCCGCGCACGGAAAAGGAGCUCGACAUGGCCAAGCAGCUGUACGAGCAGCUCAACGAGCAGCUGAGCACCGAGCUGCCCCAGCUGAUUGAGCUGCGCGUGCCGUAUCUGGACCCCAGCUUCGAGGCGCUCGUCAAGAUCCAGCUGCGCUUCUGCGCCGAGGCCUACUCGCGCAUGGCGCAGGUCCAGCAGUACCUGGACGCCGACACGCGUGACUUUUACGCCGACGGGCAGCUGGAUGCCAGGGUAGAGGAGGUGCUCAACGAGAUUCGGGAGCUGAGCAUAAGCGGAACGGUAUAA